AGAGUAUAAAUGAGAGCCACUUGAAUUUAUAUUCCGUUCACGUAACAGUCUGCGUGAGAGGAGACGAAGAUUCUUUGUUUUGGGUUUCUGCCCGUUUCUAGAGGACCCUCUCAUCAAUCUCAUCUCACUCGCACAAGAAAGAAAAACCCCCGAAAAAAAAUAUUUUAAAGAAUGAAAAUCCACCAACUCCAAAACCACUCCUCUCCAUUAUUCUAAUUGCCAUCUCUUCCCACGUCUUUCCUCCCCAUAUCUUUCUUUACUCUCUCUCUCUCUCUCUCUCUCUCUCUCUCGUGAUGGUUGAACUGUCAUUUGGACUUCCAAGAAUGGCUAACUCCUUCUAGGAAAGAAUCCAUUGUCGUUGAUUUUUUUCUUGGAAGUUGUUGUUGUUGGAGAAGGAGAGUCUCUCUCUUUUUGGGUCGUCUUUGUUUUUUUUUUUUUGGUACGGAAUUGGAAGUGGAAAUGGUUUUUUGAGAUCUUUAAGAGUCGUAUGGGAAUGGGUCUAUGCUAAAAUGAGCCGGUGGGUGAUGUAGAGUGCUGGUUUCCUGAUUGACUGCAUCUGGGUCGUCGCUGUUUUCUUCUGCAAAGAUAGCUGGAGGAAUGGUUUUUCUGAAAUUUUGAGGCGUUUGGAGAUGGAUCUUGAAGGUCCUGUUUAUCGAAAUCCUGUGAAGAACUUGCAGCUGGAAUGGUUCUGUUGAGAUUGUGGAGUUGUCGUCUGGGCAUGGACGGGUUGGUGCUAGGAUGCGCCGGUUGGUGCUGCAUGAUAAAGAGUCUUGGAAGACGGUUUUGACAUUGGCAUACCAGAGCCUGGGCGUCGUCUAUGGGGAUUUGAGUACUUCCCCUCUUUAUGUCUACAAGAGCACCUUUGCCGAAGAUAUUCAGCACUCAGAGACGAAUGAAGAGAUCUACGGCGUUCUAUCGUUUGUGUUCUGGACACUGACUCUCGUCCCGCUGCUUAAAUAUGUGUUCAUUGUGCUCAGGGCAGACGAUAAUGGUGAGGGCGGGACGUUUGCACUGUAUUCGUUGCUGUGCCGGCAUGCACGGGUGGGCUUCUUGCCGAACUGCCAGGUGGCAGAUGAGGAGCUGUCAGCUUACAAGAAGGAUGGUGGGAGCAAUCUGAGGCCUGAUAAGGGAGUCGGGGCGCGGAUGAAAACGUUGUUGGAGAAGCAUCGAGUGUUGCAGAGGGUGUUACUGGUUCUUGCAUUGAUUGGGGCUUGUAUGGUUAUCGGUGAUGGUGUACUCACACCGGCGAUUUCUGUGUUCUCUGCGGUCUCGGGCCUUGAGCUUUCAAUGUCGAAGGAGCAUCACAAAUAUGUUGAGGUUCCUGUUGCGUGUGUCAUACUCGUAUGUUUGUUUGCCCUCCAACACUAUGGUACCCAUCGGGUGGGUUUCCUGUUUGCACCAGUCGUCAUAACGUGGCUUUUAUGCAUCAGCACUAUUGGUAUCUACAAUAUUUUCCAUUGGAAUCCACAUGUAUACCAAGCACUCUCUCCAUAUUACAUGUACAAGUUUUUGAAGAAGACCCAAAGGGGCGGUUGGAUGUCUUUAGGUGGAAUCCUCUUGUGUAUAACAGGCUCAGAAGCUAUGUUUGCGGAUCUCGGACACUUCUCUCAGCUAUCAAUCAAGAUUGCUUUCACUUCUGUGGUUUAUCCAUCCUUGAUACUUGCAUAUAUGGGUCAAGCAGCUUAUCUAUCUAAACAUCAUAUUAUUGAAAACGACUACAGAAUUGGGUUCUAUGUAUCUGUUCCAGAGCGAAUACGAUGGCCUGUUUUGGCAAUAGCCAUACUUGCAGCAGUGGUAGGAAGCCAAGCCAUCAUCACAGGAACUUUCUCGAUCAUCAAACAGUGCUCCGCAUUGGGCUGCUUCCCAAGGGUUAAGAUAGUCCACACAUCAUCUAAAAUGCAUGGUCAGAUCUACAUCCCAGAGAUCAAUUGGAUUCUUAUGGUGCUAUGUUUGGCUGUCACUGUUGGUUUCAGAGAUACAAAACGCAUGGGUAAUGCGUCAGGUUUAGCAGUUAUAACUGUCAUGCUGGUGACCACAUGCCUGAUGUCCCUAGUGAUUGUCCUCUGCUGGCAUCAGAGUGUCAUUCUAGCCAUCUGCUUCAUUUUCUUCUUCGGCUCCAUUGAGGCGCUCUACUUUUCAGCCUCCCUUAUCAAGUUCCUUGAAGGUGCAUGGGUCCCUAUCGCCCUCGCCUUAAUCUUCAUGCUUCUCAUGUAUGCGUGGCACUACGGUACUCUCAAGAAGUACGAGUUCGACGUCCAAAACAAGGUCUCCAUCAACUGGCUUCUCAGUUUGGGCCCCAGCUUGGGCAUUGUCCGUGUUAGAGGCAUUGGUCUUAUCCACACCGAACUUGUAUCGGGAAUCCCAGCCAUCUUCUCCCAUUUUGUCACCAACCUCCCGGCCUUCCACCAGGUCCUAGUCUUCCUCUGCAUCAAGUCUGUCCCUGUACCAUACGUCCAGCCCAACGAACGUUUCCUUGUGGGCCGCAUAGGCCCGAAACAGUAUAGACUCUAUAGGUGCAUAGUCCGAUAUGGGUACCAUGAUGUCCACAAAGAUGACUUGGAGUUCGAAAAGGACCUAGUUUGUAGUAUAGCGGAAUUUGUGCGGUCGGAGGGAUCAGAACCAAAAGCAAUUGACAACAUUGAAAAGGAUGAUGAGAAGAUGACAGUUGUUGGGACAUCAACGCAUGUCGACGGGAUCCAAUUUCGCGAGGAAGAUUGUGAUCCAGCUGAGCAAGCAGGCACGUCAGAGCUGAGGGAGAUACAGUCACCCAUAGUGGCAAGGAAGAGGGUGAGGUUCGUGCUGCCCGAGAGCCCACAGGUGGACUUGGGGGUGAGGGAGGAACUGCAGGAGCUGAUGGAGGCAAGGGAAGCAGGCAUGGCAUUUAUACUCGGUCACUCGUAUGUAAGAGCAAAAAGCGGUUCAAGCCUUAUAAAGAAGCUGGUGAUUGAUUACGGGUAUGACUUCUUAAGGAGAAAUUGCAGGGGCCCCACCUAUGCAUUGAGCAUUCCACAUGCAUCAACUCUAGAGGUCGGUAUGAUAUGUCAUGUUUGAUAUCGGGUUUGUUAUACAUCCCCUAUAUAUAUGUGUAUAUUAUCAUAAAUUAAGGCUUCUCAUACCAUGUUUGAAAGCGGAAACGGUUGGCUUGAUAGUUUGUCCUCUCGAAAGUAGGCCAUUUUCUGUUCAUAGGAGUAGAUUUUGUACAUGUGGCUCACCCGGAGACCCAACCCGGCUGAUUUUUGAGCAACAGCUUAUGUAUUGUGUGCCCCAUUCAAUGAACGGGCCACUUCCUUGA